AUGAAGACUUUUUCCGUGGUUGAUGCAAGGACGGGAUUUGUUCUCAAUUCUAAAAUCUACGCAGGAAAAGGAAGCGAAGAGCUGAAGUUUUCCAUGAAAGAAUAUGGCUACGGAGGAACAAUUCUGUUAGAGUUGGUGGAACCUUAUUUUAGUAAGAAUCACGUCAUUUUUGCUGAUAACUAUUUCACAAGCCCGGCUGCUGCAAAAAUAUUAUUGUCCAAAAGUACGUAUAUCUGUGGGACGGUUCGAUGUAACCGUAAAAAUUUACCAAAGAUAUCACAGCAGAAAAAAGGGGAUGUCAUUGCAUUUCAUUCGGAAGGAGCAAAUGGCGGAAUUCUACUAGGAUCAUGGAAAGAUCGACGCCAAGUGAAAAUGAUUUCAACAGGUAUGAAGCAUGAAAUGAUGGAAGUGACCACGAGAUCAGGUGCCAUAAAACGGAAAGCGAUGACUGUUGUGGAAUACAAUAAAUUGGCUCGUGGGAUUGAUUUAUCUGACAUGCAAAUCCAUCAAUACGAUACAAACCGACGGAGCUAUAAAUGGUACAAAAAAAUGUUCAUGAGAUUGGUUGACCUCGCCCUCUACAACGCCCUGAUUAUGAUGCGUGAACACCACCAGAAGCAUUCGUUUUUGGAUUUUCGGCUCAAUCUUGUGCGCCAAUUGCUGGAGAUCACAGGAGGAACAACUUCAGCAAAGCCCCUUCCACAAAACGAAAUCCCAUUUCGGCUUACAGAACGUCAUUUUAUUGCAAAAUGUAUCAGGACCGGAAGUGACAAGUCAAGCUAUAGACGUUGUCAAGUUUGUGCCAAAGAGAAGAAAGAAAAGCGAACUUCAUACUGCUGCCCCAAGUGCGAAGUUGCUCUAUGUGUUGUUCCUUGUUUCGAAAUUUAUCAUACAAAACGAAACUUGUAA